GUAAGAGGGAGGAGACACAGGGCCAUAGGAGAAUACUAGAGUCCCCAGGGGCAGAAAGAAGUCCGUGUCCAUAGUUUCCGCUUGAAGCAGCCUGUUGCUACAGAUUAGCAUUUCAGAUGGCAGGGACAGCACGCCAUGACCGUGAGAUGGCAAUCCAAUCCAAGAAAAAGCUCUCCACAGCAACUGAUCCCAUCGAAAGACUGCGAUUGCAGUGCCUGGCCAGGGGCUCUGCAGGCAUCAAAGGUCUUGGCAGAGUGUUUCGGAUCAUGGAUGACAAUAACAACCGAACCCUUGAUUUCAAAGAAUUUUUGAAAGGGUUAAAUGAUUACGCUGUGGUCAUGGAGAAAGAAGAGGCAGAAGAACUUUUCCGGAGAUUUGAUAGAGAUGGAAAUGGGACCAUAGACUUCAACGAGUUCCUUCUCACAUUAAGGCCCCCAAUGUCCAGAGCCAGAAAGGAGGUAAUUAUGAAAGCUUUUAGGAAGUUAGACAAAACCGGAGAUGGUGUUAUAACCAUUGAAGACCUUCGCGAAGUUUAUAAUGCUAAACACCAUCCAAAGUACCAAAAUGGGGAAUGGACGGAGGAGCAAGUCUUCCGGAAGUUUCUGGACAACUUUGACUCACCGUAUGACAAAGAUGGGUUGGUUUCAAAAGAAGACUUCCUGAAUUACUAUGCAGGUGUUAGUGCUUCUAUCGACACGGAUGCUUAUUUCGUUUUGAUGAUGACAAAAUCAUGGAGAUUAUGAAUUUUGUUUAUCCAUCCUCUUGGAAAGAAUUGAGAAUGCUCAGAGAACAGAAUGAGUCUAUAGGGAGUCUGAUGUGAUGGAUCUCAAUAAGACACAAGUAACCCUAGACAAAGAACUAAGGCAACUGAUUACUGCCAAGAGAAGAACUUGCCUCCUAGUGAUGAGACCUCUGAUUACUUAUUCAUUAUAAAAUGGUCAUCUGAAAUCAUAUACUCUUAAACAGCAAAAAAUGGGCUUAAAGAGUUGUAUUCACAUAUUUGUGCAUUUAUCCGUCAUCUAUCUGUCUGUCUGUCUGUCUGUCUGUCUGUGUAUCUAUCUAUUUAUGCACCUAUCUAUCUCAAUAAUAUAAGAGAAAGAAUCCAUCACCUUUAGAAGGAGGGAGGACAUAAAAUGGGUUGGAGGGAGGUGAUAUGGAAGAGGUUGGGGAAAGAAAGGAAAGGGGAGACGUGACAUAAUUAUGUUUUAAUUAAAUAUAUUUUAAGAGAUACAAAGUGAAAUGUUUGAAAAUCUGGAAUUUUCGUUGCAAUCAAUCUUUAGUCAUCUUAUUAAGUACUGAAAUGUAUUGCCACAAGUGCUUGGAAAUUUAGUUUUAAAUCAGCAUGAAAGGAAGGAAUGAACAAAUGAAGGAAAUCAUUAACUGAAAUUGGAAAGUGGUUUUUGCAUAAAAAUAAAUUACUUGUAUUGGAUAUUUAUGUUGUAGAUAUAAAUAGAGAUGCUGUUGACACUUGUGUUUUUCCUUGUUUUGAUGGGAGUAACACCUC